AGCGCGCCGGGCCCGGAGCCCUAAAGGCUCGCACCAUGAGCGGCGGCGAAGUGGUCUGCUCGGGAUGGCUCCGCAAGUCCCCCCCGGAGAAAAAGUUAAAGCGUUAUGCAUGGAAGAGGAGAUGGUUUGUGUUACGCAGUGGCCGUUUAACUGGAGACCCAGAUGUCUUGGAAUAUUACAAAAAUGAUCACGCCAAGAAGCCGAUCCGUAUUAUUGAUUUAAAUUUAUGUCAGCAAGUCGAUGCUGGAUUGACAUUUAACAAAAAAGAGUUUGAAAACAGCUACAUUUUUGAUAUCAACACCAUUGACCGGAUUUUCUACUUGGUAGCCGACAGCGAGGAGGAGAUGAAUAAGUGGGUUCGUUGUAUUUGUGACAUCUGUGGGUUUAAUCCUACAGAAGAAGAUCCUGUGAAAGCACCUGGCAGCUCCUUACAGGCACCAGCCGAUUUACCAUUGGCGAUAAGCACCGCACCACCGUCCUCCCAGGUGGGCGCCUCUGCUGCUGCUGCACCGCCUCCCUAUCAGCUCAUCAGCCUUCCACCACACCUGGAAACCCUUGGCAUCCAGGAGGAUCCUCAAGACUACCUCUUGCUAAUCAACUGUCAAAGCAAGAAGCCUGAACCCACCAGCCAAGGGUCAUCUUUUGUUUCUGAAGAAGGAGAGGAAUACCUACUGCUAGAAGAUUUUGAAAGCAAAACGAUUCCAUUGCAAACGCACGCUGAUUCUGCAAAAUCCACCUCUUCGGAAACCGACUGCAAUGAUAACGUCCCUUCUCAUAAAAACCCCGCUUCCUCCCAGAGCAAACAUGGAGUGAACGGCUUUUUCCAGCAGCACGUGAUGUACGACUCUCCACCGUCUCGCGCUGCAUCCCUCUCCGUAGACUCCAGCCUGUAUAACCUGCCCCGCAGUUACUCCCACGACGUUUUACCAAAGGUGUCUCCAUCAAGUACCGAAGCAGACGGAGAACUGUAUGUUUUUAACACCCCAUCUGGGACCUCGAGCGUGGAGCCUCAAAUGAGGCAUGUAUCUAUUAGUUAUGACAUUCCUCCAACACCUGGUAAUACUUACCAGAUACCACGAACAUUUCCAGAAGGCGCCUUGGGGCAGACGUCAAAGCUAGACACUAUUCCAGAUAUUCCUCCGCCUCGGCCACCGAAACCGCAUCCGGCUCAUGACCGAUCUCCUGUGGACACGUGUACCAUCACACGCACGGCCUCGGACACUGACAGCAGUUACUGUAUCCCAACAGCAGGGCUGCCGCCCUCACGUAGCAAUACCAUUUCCACUGUGGAUCUGAACAAAUUGCGAAAAGAUGCUAGUUCUCAAGACUGCUAUGAUAUUCCACGAACAUUUCCAAGUGAUAGAUCUAGUUCACUCGAAGGCUUCCACAACCAUUUUAAAAUCAAAAACGUAUUGACAGCGGGAAGUGUAUCAAGUGAAGAACUGGAUGAAAAUUACGUGCCCAUGAAUCCCAACUCUCCACCACGACAACAUUCCAGCAGUUUCACAGAACCAAUUCAGGAAGCAAAUUAUGUUCCAAUGACUCCAGGGACGUUUGACUUUUCUUCAUUUGGAAUGCAAGUGCCUCCUCCCGCUCACAUGGGCUUCAGGUCCAGCCCCAAGACCCCUCCCAGAAGGCCAGUUCCUGUUGCAGACUGUGAACCACCCCCUGUGGAUCGGAACCUCAAACCAGACAGAAAAGGUCAAAGUCCUAAAAUUUUAAGACCCAAACCCCAUGGUUUAGAGCGAACUGAUUCACAAACCAUAGGUGACUUUGCUACAAGAAGAAAGGUCAAGCCAGCACCUUUAGAAAUAAAACCUUUGCCAGAAUGGGAAGAAUUACAAGCCCCAGUUAGAUCUCCCAUCACUAGGAGUUUUGCUCGAGACUCCUCCAGGUUCCCCCUGUCUCCCCGGCCGGAUUCUGUGCACAGCACAACUUCAAGCAGCGACUCACACGACAGUGAAGAGAAUUAUGUUCCCAUGAACCCCAACCUAUCCAGUGAAGACUCCAAUCUUUUUGGCAGUAAUAGUCUUGAUGGAGGAAACAGCCCAAUGAUCAAGCCCAAGGGAGACAAACAAGUGGAAUACCUAGAUCUAGAUUUAGAUUCUGGGAAAUCCACACCACCACGUAAGCAAAAGAGCAGCGGCUCAGGCAGCAGUGUAGCCGAUGAAAGAGUGGACUAUGUGGUGGUUGACCAACAGAAGACCCUCGCUCUAAAAAGCACCCGGGAAGCCUGGACCGAUGGGAGGCAAUCCACAGAGUCCGAAACACCAGCCAAGAAUGUGAAAUGAAAAGACUGCUUUAAUGUGUCUGAACGAAAGAGGACUGAACUGUAAAGAGGAAUCCUGCUUGACCCGAGAUAACUUGACCAUUCUACUCUAGGUAGAUGCUCAACUAAGUAGAGUCAGAGUCGGAGGACCUUUUAGGCUUCAUCAAGCUGUCAAGACUGUAAAUGGUGCUUUGUGGUAUCGGAACAAUUCAUCACAUGUAAAUAAUGCGGGAAAAUACUAUUGUUUGGUUCCCAGAGAAACAUUUGUUCUGUAGGUAACACACUAGUAGUAUUACUGUAUUUAUGCACUUUUUCAUUGGAAGCGUUGGUUUGGGUAUUCCCAAAUGGACCUUAACACGAUUCUGUUGGAAAUUCUUGUUUUUGCUCAAGAACGAUGCUGAGUAAACUAAGCUACUUUCCCAUUGAGAAAUUGCCCUUUCACCUGCAGGAUAACCACAUGGCAUGAGAAGUACAUUCGCGGUCUGCCAUUCUACCUGAAACUUCAUGGGGUAAUCGUUAGCUUAAAAUACAAAGUAGAGUUGGACUCAUCAAUCAAUGCCUUUCAAAGCGCUGAACAUCGUGUCCAUCCUGGUAUCAGGACUUAGUUCUCUGGUUCGUGGACAUUUUCAAUGGUGGAACCUUGUUAUAUUUUGUUAAUUACAGUGUUUUUGGUUCAUUGAGUGAAGAUUCUGCCGGGUGGGAUCUUACACCUUGGAGAGAGUAAAUAAUGACACUAUCGAGUAAGCAUAUAAAUCACUGAUGGCAUGCAGUGAGGAUGUGCUCUCCCACUUGUUACCAUGUAUGAAGAUUUACAUUAUUUGCAAAGUGUAGGUUAUACAGCUAAUCAGGUACGUACCAGGCACUGAUGUGCUAAUACACUGAUCAGGUUUAUGCAACGAGCUUACGGUGUGUUCUUGUUAAUCCUCUAACGUUGUUGGUUUCCAGUUUGGAAUUAAUGACACAGUUGAUAUUCACUGUUAGUUAUAGCAACAUACUGUGACUUUUAAUUAGACAGUCCUGCAGAUUUAUUGCUCUAAGAAUGAAAUUCUGUCUUUUGACACCAUAGUGCCCUUUCUAUGGUUUUUUAAAAAACUUUACUUAAUAUUCUUCUUGGCCUUAUCCUAUUUAAAUCCCUAUGCAAUUAAUGUUUUAUAUCUGCGUUGUUUUUUUAAAAUAGAUGUUAUAUAAGUGAUUCUCAUAUGUAGCACCUAUUGCUUUUCCAGUAAAAAAAAAAAAAUUAACAAUUUUGUACUGUGAUUUAUAUUCACUGCCCCAAUUCAAGAAAUAGUGGAGCCUUGCUAUAAUGUGAACUCUUAUAGCCAUGGACUUCUUCCAGCUAGAUUUCUGAAACCACCAGAGGUAUCAUAUAAUUCUGUCUCACCCAUAACAUGGUCCUGUGACAUGGAUAUCAAGACCACACAAUAUAUAUAGUGAGGCUAUAAUUUAUCUGUCUUGGCUUUGCAAUGUAAUUUAGAAAGCAGAUAUAGUUGUUGGUUUGAUUGGAUUUUAAGUACGUUACAUACAAUCUCUUCUGUACUGAUUUGAGACUUACUAACAGUUUUUGGAGGGGCAUAGAGAUCGGAGAGCCUACAGCCGAGUCACGUUCCCCUAUCCCACUUCGGACCUCUAACUGUUGCCUGAGAACACAAAUGUGCCCUGAUUUCUGGCCUUUUAGCCACUGUAUUGUGCCUGACUUAUGUAGUGGGUUUACGUCCCCUCCAGGAACUAAAAAAACGUUCAUAACAAGAUGAAUUGUAGACGAAUAACAUUUGAUGCUUUUAAAUGUUUGCUUACUUUUAAACAGAAACUA